CUCCCCAGCCGGCUCCAGCCACGCUCGCUCCCAUCGCCGCGCUCCGCUCCGCUCCGCUCCGCUCCGCUCCCGCUCGACUCCGCGCGCACCAUGGCCUCCAUCCAGCAGCUGGUCGGGAGAUGGCGCUUAGUGGAGAGCAAAGGCUUCGACGAGUACAUGAAGGAACUAGGCGUGGGAAUGGCUCUGCGGAAAAUGGGCGCCAUGGCCAAGCCAGACUGUGUCAUCACUUCCGACGGCACACACCUCACCGUCAAAACCGAGAGCACGUUGAAGACCACCCAGUUCUCAUGCAACCUGGGAGAGAAGUUUGAAGAGACCACAGCAGAUGGCAGGAAAACUCAGACCGUCUGCAACUUCGUCAACGGCGCGCUGGUCCAGCACCAGGAGUGGGACGGGAAGGAGAGCACCAUCACGCGGCGGCUGGAGGGCGGGAAGCUAGUGGUGGAAUGCGUCAUGAACAAUGUCAACUGUACUCGGGUCUAUGAGAAAGUGGAGUAAGAAUCCCAUCAUCCUUCCAGGCGGGAAUUAGCCAUGAGGAUAAACAAGCUCAGUUCAAUGAGCACAUCUCUCCACGCUUUUUCUCCCCAUUACUGUGUUCAGUUAUCACAACCAUUUAUACAUGCAACUGUUUCUGAGUUGUUUUAAU